UGGAGCGGUAGCCUCGACUCGUACGGAUUACAGUGAUGCUGUCUUCCCAUCCAACACACCCUUCUUUUAGUUAGCCGUGGACGAAGCUCUCCCUCUUUCUCAAACGGAUUUCAACUGUCAAUGCAAGGAUAUUUUUUGCGACUUCCCGGUCUCUGCGCGAACCAACUUAAUGAAGUAAUCGAUCAUAGAGGCGUGCAUGUGGGAUAGAACCCGCCGCAUCCCGACCUGACGAUUCUGUUUCUGAAAUAUCGGUUGCGGCCAGCGAGGCUGUCGCCCUGCACCCGCUAGGGUGGCCGCAGCCAUGGCGAGCAGUCUCAUUGAGGAUGCGAUCAGGAAGCUGAGCGUUCCCGACUUUGAGCUCCGACUGAAGGUCGAGGCAGCAGCAGCGCUGCGCGACAGUCUCGACCAUUACACCUCUGGCGCCGGCUACCCGAUCUUCCUGAAGCGAGUAAUGCCUACAUUCAUCAACAUACUCCGCCAGCCAUGUGUUUUUCAAACCGCCCAACCCGAGCAGAUCAACGCGCAGAAGCUGCGGAACUGCGUGCUCGAGAUCUUUCACCGGCUGCCCACUUCCCAGACCCCUUCCGAGCCGUUCGAGCCAUAUGCCGAGGAGGUUGUGGACCUACUGAUGCAUCUCGUCCGUAAUGAUAACGAGGACAAUGCGGUCCUCUGCAUCAAGAUCAUCUCGGACAUCAUGCGGCACCAGGCGAAGGUCAUGGGCAACAAGGUGCAGAUAUUCCUGACGCUGAUUCAGGAGCUGUUUGAGCACCUGGACAAGGUUGUCCGCGAACAGUUGGACAGCACAUCCUCGACUGGGCCGCCAGGGCCCCCGUCCACACCGGGAAGCACACAAACCACCUUCCUCCCGCCUCAACAAUCCCCAAGGCCAGGGUCGCCCGUCGCCACAGGCGGCGGUGAUUUCAAUGUCAGCGUCGAGGGUGGGCAGCAGGCCAAUCGCACCUUGCUCAGGGGGACGCAGUCGUUCAAGGUGUUGGCCGAGUGUCCCAUUGUCGUUGUCUCGCUUUUUCAAGUUCAUCGGCAAACUGUCCCGCAAAACAUCAAGGCCUUCGUGCCCUUGAUUAAGUCGACACUGCUCUGCCAAGCCAAGGCCCAGGACCAGGCGCACAAGGACGCCGCCGCCAGGGGGACGAUCCACACAGGAGUGAGCCCCAACAUCAAGAAUCGAGCCGCCUUUGGGGAUUUCAUCACCGCCCAGGUGAAGACUAUGAGCUUCCUCGCCUACCUGCUCAGGCAGUAUUCCAACUACCUUACCGAUUUCCUCCCCUCACUCCCGGAGAUCACUGUUCGCCUUCUCAAGGACUGCCCGAGGGAAAAGUCCGGGGCACGUAAAGAGCUUUUGGUGGCCAUCCGUCACAUCAUCAACUUCAACUUCAGAAAGAUCUUCGUGCCAAAGAUUGACGAGCUGUUGGAUGAGCGGACUCUGAUCGGAGAUGGGCUUACGGUUCAUGAGAGCAUGCGCCCUCUCGCGUACAGCAUGUUGGCGGACCUUAUCCACCACGUCCGGGAGAGUCUCUCCCCCGAGCAAAUCCGCAAGACGGUUCUCGUCUACACUCGGAAUCUCCAGGACAACUUUCCGGGGACAAGCUUCCAGACGAUGAGUGCUAAGCUACUCCUCAAUAUGGCCGAGUUCAUCGCUCGAAUGCCGAACAAGGUCGAUGCUCGGCAUUAUCUCAUCAUGAUCCUCAACGCCAUUGGAGAUAAAUUCGCCGCCAUGAACAGGCAAUAUCCGAAUGCCGUCAAGCUCUCUAGGCAGUAUGCCCAACAGGCCGAGGAGAACACCCCCGACACAUACCUCGCAGAUACGGGGAACCCGCCGGAAUGGGAUGAGGUCGACAUCUUCAACGCCAUGCCCAUCAAGACGACUAACCCUCGUGAACGAGCCGCCGAUCCUGUCGUCGAGAACAAGUUUCUUUUCAGGAAUCUAAUGAAUGGGUUGAAGAACACUUUCUACCAGCUGAAGAGCUGCAAUAUACCAGGCGCGGUGGACCUGACAAGCGCACCUGCGCACUGGACAGAUGUUGCCUGCGGAUUCACUGCCGAAGAAGUGAAGGUCAUCAUCAAGCUGUUUCGCGAGGGCGCCUACGUAUUCCGAUACUACGAAAUAGAGAAACCCGCAAGCGAGUCGCCGUACAGCUCGCCGGUCGAGUACAUGGCGAACUUCUACAUGAUCUCGAGUAGCAAAGAGGAGAAGGAGUUAUUGGAGACGUUUGCAACCGUCUUCCACUGUAUCGACCCUGCCACAUUCCACGAGGUGUUCCAGCAGGAGAUCCCACGACUCUACGAAAUGAUCCACGAGCACACAGCCCUUCUCCACAUCCCCCAAUUUUUCCUUGCCAGCGAGGCGACGUCGCCCAGUUUCUGCGGCAUGCUGCUGCGCUUCUUGAUGGAGCGCAUUGAGGACGUGGGCUCCGCCGACGUGAAGAAGUCGGCCAUCCUGCUUCGGCUCUUCAAGCUGGCCUUCAUGGCUGUCACGCUUUUCGCGUCUCAGAACGAGCAGGUGCUUCUGCCGCACGUCGUCGACAUCGUGACCAAGUCGAUCGAGCUGUCUACCAAGGCCGAGGAGCCCAUGAACUACUUCCUGCUGCUGAGGGCUCUAUUCCGGAGCAUCGGCGGCGGCAAGUUCGAGCAUCUGUACAAGCAGAUCCUUCCCCUCUUGGAGAUGCUGCUCGAUGUGCUCAACAACCUCCUCUUGGCCGCCCGCAAGCCUGCCGAGCGGGAUCUCUAUGUCGAACUGUGUCUGACGGUGCCAGCUCGGCUGAGUAAUCUCCUGCCUCAUCUCAGCUUCCUCAUGCGUCCACUGGUUGUGGCGCUGCGUGCGAACACCGACCUGGUUGGCCAGGGCCUUCGGACCCUCGAACUAUGCGUUGACAAUCUUACCGCAGAUUAUCUGGACCCCAUCAUGGCGCCAGUCAUUGACGAACUCAUGACGGCUCUUUUUGAUCAUCUGAAGCCACAUCCGUACAGCCAUUUCCACGCUCACACCACCGUCAGGAUUCUCGGAAAGCUCGGCGGUCGGAACCGGAAGUUCAUGACGGAUGCUCUGCCUGUCACCUUCCAGCAAUAUGUCGAUGACCGGGCGAGCUUCGAUGUCCGGCUCAUUGGGUCAAAGCAUGAGAGGGCUUUUCCCGCACACCUGGGCAUCGAACUUGCCAUCCGGAAGCUGAUGGAAGUGCCCAAGCCAGUCAAAGGACCACAGCCGCCGCCAUCGAAGCAAUACGAUCCCUACUACAAGAGGCAAGCCUUGAACCUCAUCAUUGCGCAGGUCAAGUUGCGUGUCGGCUUUGACAACCUGCCGGAUGAUCUCCCCCGCCUUGUCCGCCUCCAGGUGCAGGAUCUGGUUGCUCGUAAUAAGGACGUGGACACAUCUGCCUUCGAGAACCAUGACCGAGAGCGGUCCAUCGUCAAGAAGAACGAAGAGGAGAACCUGCUGAAGCGCUUAAUCAAAGCGCUCAUGUUUGCCCAGUCGAUGCCCGAUUUCAAGGCGGAAGUGGAUGCUUUGCUCCUGAACCUCGCUCGGCACUUUACCAUCAUCGAAGUCGGGCGAGCAUUGAUCGACAUGAAGAGAGCCUUCAGCCCGUUCGACACACAGUCCGGUGAAGGGCCACUCUUCGUCGACAGCAGGGUCCUCUCUGACGCCAUUCUGGAGUCUCUGGCCUCCGAGAACCCGGAUAUCCGGGACGCAGCCGAGCGGCUCAUCAGAGAGAUGUACAACUCGGCCGUCACCAUCUUUGGGUCUCCCACCCAGGUCGCCCGCCUGACCUUCUUCAACAGCCUGGCUUCUACCUUCUGCCACGGCUGCUACGAAGAGGAGUGGUUCACCAAAACGGGUGGGACGCUGGGAAUCAAGGCUCUGCUCACAGACGUUGACCUUGGAGACCUCUGGGUAGCCUCGAAGCAGAUCGAGUUCGUCCGUGCGCUCAUGUAUGUGAUCAAGGACAUGCCACAAGACCUUCCUGAAAAGACUAGGAGAUCGGCACAGGUCACUCUUGAAAUCCUCCUGACGAGACUCACGAAGAACAUCAAGAAGGAGGACUGCCUACCGGCUCCGCCUCCGGCACCGGGCCAACCGCCUCAGCCGCCGCCUAAACACUCUCGGAUUGCCCAGAUCGUCAUGAUGCUCAACGGAGAGCUUUCGCAUAUGAACCGACAUGUUCGAGAUACGGCAAGAAGAUCCCUCGAGCUGAUUGCCAAGGCGGCCGGAACCGAGGUCUGGGAGCUCCUCGAGCCUCAUCGCAAGCACAUCCUGCAGCCCAUCUACGCCAAACCGUUGCGAGCUUUGCCGUUUGCCAUCCAGAUUGGGUUUAUCGAUGCUGUCACCUACUACAUGUCCUUGAAGCGCGACUUCGUCCCUUGGGACGAGAACCUCCUCCGCCUGCUUCUGGAGUCGCUGGCCCUGGCCGACGCAAGCGACGAGUCUCUCGCAGGCAAGACGCUGGAGUUCAGGACGCACGACUUCAUCGUCAAUCUUCGCGUCUCGUGCAUCAGGAUCCUCAGCACUGCGAUGGCGUACGACGAGUUUGGAAGCGUUGUCAACCAACCCACGAGGAUGAGAGUCGUGGCUGUCUUCUUCAAAAUCCUUUACUCCGACUCUCAGCCAACGAUCGAAGCGGCCAACGACGCGUUGCGGCAGGUCCUGCAGCAUACUAGUAAACUGCCUAAGGAACUGCUGCAGUCCGGUCUGCGCCCGGUGCUUCAGAGUCUGCAGGACCCCAAGCGCUUGACAGUCUCAAGCCUGGACAACCUUGGCCGUCUGCUGCGGCUCUUGACGACGUACUUUAAGGUAGAGAUCGGGGCUCGCCUUCUUGAGCAUAUUCAAACGAUUGCCGAGCCGAGCUUCCUCCAGCAGGUUUCAUUCACCUUCUUCGAGCAGCACAACUCGAUGAAGGUGAUUGCAGCCAUCUUCAACAUCUUUCACCUUUUGCCCGAAGCCGCCAAGCAGUUUAAGGAGCGGGUGAUCGAUAACGUCCUGGAGCUCGAGGAGAAACUGCGAAGGACUCACCACAGCCCAUUCCGCUUGCCCCUGUACAAGUACCUCAACAAGUACCCCUCCGACGUCUGGGCCUUCAUGUUGGGCAAGUUGGAAGAGUUGAGAUACGGCCGGCUCCUGUCGCAGGUGCUGCGGCAUCCGGACAGUCAAGUGCUCCGAGACUACGGUGCGGCAAACGUCGAGUUGAUUAUCAAGACGUGCAACAACAUCAUCGGCCAGGGCAAGGAGACCAAGUACAACGCGAUGAUCAACACGGUUAACAUGCUGGACGCGCUCUGCCAGUUUCCCAACACGUUAUCGUGGCUGGAUAACAAGGAGCAUAUUGACUGGUUGAAGCAGGUUGGGAAGGAGCUCGAGCGCAACCUGAAGAUGAACACUCUGGCGCCAAACCUCCGGCUGCCGGCAGAUCAAGCCUCUGAGCAGCUGAUGACCAUCCUUACCAAGGCACUGGCGAGGAAUCCCAAGGAUCUGGAGCCGCUCUUCAGUCUCAUCGAGUCCAUCACCGCGGAGGACUUCCGCGAGACGCAGGCGGUCCUCACCUACGUCUACAAACAUAUCAUCUGCAGCGACUCCAUCGAGUUUUGGAGGACCGUUGUCCUCCGCUGCCUCGAGAUUUACGCCGGGAGGAGUGCGUCACAGCGGACCAAAUGGUAUCUGCUUCACAACAUCGUCAACCCCAUCAUCGCCAUGGAUGUGAUGCGCCACUGGAACCGCGGCGAGUACAACAGAGGCCAGCGGUUCCUUGACAAGACGGUGAUCGACUCGAUCAACACAAAGAUCUGGAAGGUCAACCUCCCCGAUACACAGGAAGACCUCCUGCAGCCGCGUAUCGACCACACGCGCAUGGAGGUGCUUCAGCUCUCGGCCAUGCUCGUCAAGUAUCACCACCCCAUCCUCCAAGACGCUCGCAAGGACUUCAUCAAGUUCGGCUGGACCUAUAUCCGGCUGGACGACGUCAUCAACAAGCAUGCGGCGUAUGUUGUGAUAGGGUACUUUAUCGCGCACUACGAGACCCCGGCCAAGAUCGUGACCCAGAUCUACUUCUCGCUGCUGAAAACCAACCAGAACGAGGGCCGAGUGCUCGUGACCCAGGCCCUGGAACUGAUGGCCCCGGUGAUGCCUAAGAGGUGUAACACGCCCCUGACUGACCGGAACCCCGUCUGGGCUGUCGCGCCGCGCCGUAUCCUGGCCGAGGAGAGCCAGAACGUGCAGCAGAUGACGUGCAUCUUCCAGUUUCUCGUGCGGCAUCCCGAUUUGUUCUACCACACUCGAGACAAGUUCGCCAUGUUGAUCAUCCAGUGCCUCCGCAAAGUGGCCUCGCCGCCCAACCCGUCCAACGAAAGUAGGAAGCUCGCGCUCAACAUGAUGUGGCUGAUCUGGCAGUGGGAGGAGCGGCGGGUGGAGGGCAGGACGAGCGAAGCCAUCCGCGCCGCCUCGGAAUCGCCCAACACCAGGAAACGGAAGCUGGAGGAGCCUCAGUCCGCUUCGCCUUCUGCUUCGCGGCAACCGGAGAAGACGGAGUUCCAGAUCCCUGCCAUGGGCCGCCAUAAGAUGGUUAAGUACUUGGUUGAGUUCAUCGCGCAGCUGAGCGAACGGUACCCGCUUCCCUCGGCGAAGCCACGCGAUCCGGCGGCACCGGCACUGCCCUCACCGCACACGAAGCUCUGCGAGAAGGCCAUGACGCUGCUGUACAAUCUCCUCCAGCCGCAGUACUGGGGUGACCUGGAUGUGGAUCUGUUCCCCAACGUUACCGACGUGGUCCUGGCGAGCGAGAAGUCGGCGUCUCUGCUCACAGCCGAUCCAUUGGACACGGACAAGUACGAUGACAAGUUCAUCACCAACAUCAUCAACACUCUGCAGGUUGUCCGCAUCAUCCUCAACUUCAAGUCGGACGAAUGGAUCAUCAAGAACAUGGCCCACAUCCAAAAGAUCCUGGAGAAGUGUCUGAAGUCGGAGAACCCCGAGAUCCAGGACUGCCUCCACAUGGCCGAUAGGAAAUACGACGGAGGUCGUGACAUCAAGCCCAUCGUUAAGCGCAUUCUAGAUGCCGUUCCGGAGGACGUCCCGAUGGAAGAUGCGGACGCUGAUGCGGAGUCUGAAACGCAGACCUCGGAGAUCAUCGCAUUCUUCUCCGGCAUUGCUACCGAGAGCAUGGCUGCUUCGAACUACGUGUCCGGCAUGAACAUCUUGUGGUCGCUUGGGCAUCGCAAGCCGUCCACCAUUGACCAGCACGUACCGGCCAUCAUGAAGUCGCUGCACACGAAGCUGGCCCGGGACCACGUCUCCCACUAUGCCGCAUUGGCCCACCAGGCCAGCGGCAUCCGGCCGCAGCAGCAGCAGCAGGACCCGAAUGCGCCGACCGAGAUGAACGCAUACGACCUCGAGGUGCAGACAGGCUUGAUCCUCAAGGCCAUCGAGGUCACAGCGAUGCGGAUGGAGAUUCUGGGCGACAACAGGCGGCCGUUCCUCAGCGUCCUGGCAACCAUCGUGGAGAAGUCCCUGCACAUGGAUCUCUGCGAGAAGAUCCUUCAGAUGGUCGAGGGCUGGGUCUUUCGCUCCGAAGGCACGUGGCCGACGCUCAAGGAGAAAACAGCUGUGCUGCACAAGAUGAUCUCGUUCGAGCAUCGCCAGGAUCCAACGAUGCUGAUGAAGUUUCUCGACCUCGUCCUCCGCAUCUACGAGGACCCCAAGAUCAUGCGCACGGAGCUGACAGUGCGUAUGGAGCACGCCUUCCUGAUCGGAACGAGGGCCCAGGACGUCGAGAUGCGCAACAGGUUCAUGUCCAUCUUCGACAAGUGCCUUUCCAAGACAGCGAGCGCCCGGCUCGCGUAUGUCAUUCUCUCGCAGAACUGGGAUACCUUGGCAGACUCGUACUGGCUGGCGCAGGCUUCGCAGCUUCUCCUGGGCGGCGUGGACAUGAACCCCGCCAUCCAGCUUCAUCAUGACGACUUCCGGACUCCGCAGGUGUCGCAGUUGUUCGGCAUCUACUCCAAGGACACGCGAGAGCCCGGCAACAUGAGCGACGACAAAUACGAGGCCUUCAUGGCGAACCAUCGCCGCUUCGUUGCGGAGCUUGGCGAUGUCAGGGUGCGCGACGUUCUUGAACCACUGGCGCAGCUGCAGCAUAUCGACGCCAAGUUUGCCGAUGAACUCUGGGUCACCCUCUUCCCGAUCUUCUGGGCGGCUGUGGCCAAGGAGGACCGACCGGAUCUCGAGCGCGGCCUGGUAGCGCUGCUCACCAAGGACUACCACUCGCGCCAGAUGGACAAGCGUCCCAACGUUGUCCAAUCCCUCAUGACCGGGGUCGUGAAGACGUGGCCGGCCUGCAAGAUCCCGCCGCACGUCCUCAAGUUCGAAGCCAAGACGUACGAUGCCUGGUACACGGCGCUCUACCAGUUGGAGAACGCGGCUCUCCGGCCCGAGAUCGACUCCCCGGCUGUGCGGGAAAGCAACCUGGAUGCCUUGGUGGAUCUCUACUCCUCCCUCGGCGAGGAUGACUUGUUUUACGGGACAUGGCGCCGUCGUUGCCAGUUUGUGGAGACGAAUGCCGCCCUGAGCUACGAGCAGCAUGGCAUGUGGGAGAAGGCGCAGCGCAUGUACGAGACGGCGCAGAUCAAGGCCAGGACCGGCGUCAUCCCCUUCUCGGAGUCAGAGUACAUGCUCUGGGAGGACCACUGGGUGCUCUGCGCCCAGAAGCUGCAGCAAUGGGAGGUCCUGCAGGACUUCGCCAAGCAUGAGAAUUUCCAGGACUUGCUCCUGGAGUGCGCGUGGAGGAAUCCCGAGUACUGGCAGAACCAGGAGAACCGCGACCAGCUGGAUACCCUCAUCAAGGGCGUCAUGGACGCGCCCACGCCCAGGCGAUCGUUCCUCCAGGCCUUCAUGUCGCUUCUGAAGCUGCACAACAAGCAGGAGAGCAUGCAAGACUUCAAUCGGGUGGUUGACGAGGCGAUCCAGCUGUCCAUUCGGAAGUGGCAUCAGCUCCCGAAGCGGCUUACCGCGGCCCACAUUCCGGUCCUCCAGAAUUUCCAGCAGCUCAUUGAGCUCCACGACGCGAGCGUCAUCUGCCAGAGCCUUGCCGGUACGAACGCCAAUAACCUUGACGUGAAGUCCGGGGAGCUUAAGCUGCUGCUUAAUUCCUGGAGGGAUAGGCUUCCGAACACGUGGGACGACGUCGUGGCAUGGCAGGAUAUGGUGACGUGGAGGCAGCACAUCUUUGGUCUCAUCAAUGGGACGUACCUGCAGCUGCUGCCGCAGCAAGCCCAGGCCACGGGAGGUGCUUCGUUUGCGUACCGGGGGUACCACGAGACGGCGUGGAUCAUCAAUCGUUUCGCACAUGUCGCGAGAAAGCACAACCUCCCGGACGUCUGCAUCAGCCAGCUCAGCCGGAUAUACACGCUCCCAAACAUAGAGAUCCAGGAGGCCUUCCUGAAGCUGAGAGAGCAGGCCAAAUGCCACUACCAGAACCCGGAAGAACUGUCGAGCGGGCUGGAUGUGAUUAACAACACGAAUCUCAACUACUUCAGCGCGCCGCAGAAGGCCGAGUUCUACACCUUGAAGGGCAUGUUUCUGGAGAAGCUGGGCCAGAAGGAACAGGCGGACGCCGCAUUUGGCAUGGCUCUCUACUUCGAUAUCACCGCGGCCAAGGCGUGGGCCGAGUGGGGCUACUUCAACGACAGGAAGUUCAAGGAGAAUCCAAGCGACGCCGUGGCGGCGAGGCAGGCGCUCACAAGCUACUUGCAGGCUGCGUCGAGCUACAAGAACCACAAGUCGCGGAAGCUGAUUGCGCGAAUUCUGUGGCUGUUGAGCAUCGAUGAUGCGAACGGCACCAUCGCGGCAGGGUUCGACGACUUCAAGGGCGAGAUCUUUGUCUGGUGGUGGAUCACCUACAUCCCGCAGCUCCUCGUCGGUCUCUCGUACAAGGAGGCGCCGCGAGCGCAGACCAUCCUGCUUAAGAUUGCCAAGACAUACCCGCAGGCGCUGUAUUUCCACCUCCGGACCAGCCGAGAAGACAUGCUCGCCAUGAAGAAGACCCAGGAGGCGAAGGAGCGGGCGAAGCGCAGCCAAGCUAACAGUGCGGCCAGCAACAAGCCAAGCGCGUCUCCCCAACUCACUAAGAAAGAGCCAGGGGCUGACGGCGAUGGCUCUCGUCCGGCAACGGCGGGCGGUGAGGCAAGCGGGCAACAAGCAGCGAAGUCCGAGUCGAAGGCCGAGGCAGACAAUACUAAUAAUGCGAACGCGCCGGCGGCGGCAGCAGCAGCAGCAGCAGCGCAGACGAACACGCCCAAUCCUAAUCCCAAUCCCAAUCCCAAUCCCUCGGCGCAAGGCGAGCAGACGGGCAGCGGGCAGAAGAAAGCGCCGUGGGAGCUGACGGAGGAGAUUAUGAGCGUCCUCAAGACGGCAUUCCCCUUGCUGGCGCUCUCCAUGGAGACCAUGGUGGACCAGAUCUCGAAGCACUUCAAGUGUCCGCCAGACGAAGACGCCUACCGGUUGAUCGUGGCGCUGCUCAACGAUGCGCUGGCCUACGUCAGCCGCAUGCCGCAAUCGUAUGCCAAGGAUGUCAAGUUGCCCGCAGCCACGGAGAGCAACAUCACACGCUUCGCCGAGACCAUCUUGCCAAGCCAUAUCCGGCCCAGCUUCGAGGCCGACUUCGUCAAGGUCAAGCCGACGAUGUAUGAGUACAUCCACAACCUGCGCAGGUGGCGCGACAAGUUCGAGCAGAAGCUGGAUCGGCGGUUGUCGCCGGUGCCGCUCGAGAGCUUUGCGCACUACUCGCCGCACCUCAGCGAGUUCCGGUACCAGAAGUUCGACGAGGUCGAGAUCCCCGGCCAGUACCUGCAGCACAAGGACAAGAACCAGGACUUCGUCCGCAUCGACAGGUUCCUGCCCAACGUCGACCUGGUGCGCUCCUCUGGGGUGUCGCACCGGCGGCUCAAGAUCCGCGGCCACGACGGCAGCGUCCAUGCCUUUGCGAUUCAGCACCCCGCAACACGGCAUUGCCGACGCGAGGAGAGGGCGGUGCAGCUGUUCCGGCAGCUCAACCAGUCGCUGAUCAGCAAGAAGGAGAGCCGCAGGCGGGAUCUGCAGUUCACGCUGCCGCUGAUGGUGCCUCUCGCUCCUCAUUUCCGGAUGGUGCAGGAGGAUACGUCAUACAUCCCGCUGCAGAACGUCUACGAGGACCACUGCCGGCGGCACGGCAUGUCCAAGGACGAGCCGGUGCUGUACACGAUGGAGAAGCUGCGGGGGUUGAUGGAUACCAAAGGACCGCAGAAGCCGCAGGAACACGCAGUCACGGCGCGGCUCGAGGUGCUGCGGGCGAUCCAGGAGAAGUACGUGGACCAUACCGUUGCGCUGGAGUACUUCCAGGGGGCCUUCCCGGACUUUGCCGAGUUCUGGCUCUUCAGACGGCGCUUCUCGUACCAGCUGGCGGCGCUGACCUUCAUGACGUACGUGCUGCACAUCGACAAGCGGUACCCGCACAAGAUCCAUAUCGCGCGCGGAUCGGGCAACAUCUGGGGCUCGGACCUCAUGUCGGCCAUGGCGACCAACCGGCCCUUCUUCCACAACCAGGAGCCCGUACCCUUCCGGCUCACGCCCAACUUGCAGACACUCAUGGGUCCGCUGGCGACCGAGGGCAUCUUCGGGUCCUCCGUCAUGGCCAUCGCGCGCUGCCUGACGGAGCCGGAGCCGCAGCAGCUCGAGCACGCGCUCACGCUGUUUGUGCGCGACGAGAUGAUGAACUGGUUCACCAACCUGCACCGGUCCGUGGGCACCCUGAGCGAGAACCAGCUUCGCGAGACGGUCCAGGCCAACAGCGACAUGAUCGUGAAGAAGGCGGUGGCGCUCGCCCAGGCCCCUGCGGGCAACCUGCCGGCGCACCAGACGGUUAUUGACCUCAUUGCUAAGGCCGUGAAUCCCAUGAACCUGGCCAUGUGUGAUUCGUUGUGGAUGCCCUAUCUCUGAGGAUGAGCCCGAGUCGGCAAGUGGUGGAGGGUUGGGUGGGUCUGUUUUUGGUUGCUGAACGGAGUGGGAGUUGAGUGGAGUGAUGGAGAGGGAAGGGAAAGGGGAGGAGAAGAGAGGAGAGGGGGUGAUCUGCCUUGCUUUGGUUUGCUUGGGCCUGGGAUGGAGGAGUU